UCCUGUGUGUCACUCUGUCUGACUUGACUGUUGGUGGCUUCGCAGUUGCACCGGCUUCUCUCUUCUCUUUUCUCUUUACGAGCUCUUCAUUGUAAUCUACACAUUACAUGUUUUCUGCCUCUUGUUCCUGCGCCACAGGGAUCAACGGAGCAUUUUUGCGCAGUCUUUCUGCAGCACUGAUAUUCAGCGAAAAGCGGAGAUAAUGCGCUCUCUGGACGCACUUCAUUGAUGGUCGUGAGCUUCCAGGCCUUAUUCUCUCUGAUUACAGGAGCUAUUCCCUCAAAUCAAAAUGGUCCGGUGAGACAGAGUUUCGGGGGACAGAGGCUGUUGCAGAGAUAAGGUCGAGAUUGUCGUUUGAAAAAUGAAGAUUUGGAGCACGGAACAUGUUUUCAGUUACCCAUGGGAGACGGUGAUCAAGGCUGCAAUGAGAAAGUACCCCAACCCCAUGAACCCCAACGUGGUGGGGGUGGACGUGCUGGACCGCAGCCUGGACGCAGAUGGACGCCUACACAGCCACAGACUCCUCAGCACAGAGUGGGGCCUCCCGGGGAUUGUACGUGCGAUACUGGGAACCAGCCAGACGCAGACUUACGUGAAGGAACAUUCCAUAGUCGACCCCGAGGAGAAAAAGAUGGAGCUGUGUUCAACAAAUAUUACUCUCACCAACCUGAUUUCAGUGGAUGAGCGGCUCCUUUACAGACCACACCCAGACAACCCUGAGGUUACCGUCCUGACCCAGGAGGCCAUCAUUACAGUCAAGGGAGUGAGUCUAAGCAGUUAUCUGGAGGGGAUGAUGGCAAGAAGAAUGUCCGCUAAUGCCAGAAAGGGUUGGGAUGCUAUUGAGUGGAUUAUUCAGAACUCUGAAAGAGAGAACGUACCUCUCUGUGACAUUUACUAACUCUGGACUGCAGAUCUAUAGUGAAGACUACUUUCCCUGGCUACACCUCAUAAACCACCGGGGAUCCUCAGCAUCUCCAGAUCCUCUGCAGUUGGUACUUACACCGUCUGGGAGGUUGUGUGGAUUUCCAGCCCACACCGCCUCUCUUACCUCUGGAGUACAUGCACUGGGAGUUGAGACAGAUGAUGCCAAAGCUGAAUGGUUAUUAAGAAGAAUGAGAGUCAAAGCACUGAUGGAAUUGUGGGUCCAAAUCUGGUAGGCGUGGCUCAAUGCUAACUCAGCACUCAUUUAUGCAUUAACAGUUGCUUUAAAUAAGGGAAGAGAGGAGAACAGGACAGUUUUCUUCUGUGUGUGUGUGUGUGUAGCAUGUUCUACAGUACUGCUGAAGGCUGCUACCAGGUUUACCAUCCAUAAGGAGUUGCAUCGACAUCAUGAGCCUACCAGACUUUACCAGUUUGAAUAUUAUAUAACUACUCCACUUUUACUUUGCUCUAAUGUCAUAUCUUCUGUUUAGAAAAAUACGUGAUGCAGAUGCCAAACAAGGAUGCAAUAGGUAGACACACACACAAUUGUUUGAAAACAAGGUACGGUACAAUAUUGACAAUAUGCAACAAACUUUCUAACUUUUAUUUUCCGUUAUGUCAAACACUGGCGACUCCUGUUGUAGGAGUUAAAAUCAGAAAGUCGUAACUGGUGCUUAUAACAUGUUUCAAGAUUCACAAACUGUAGAUAUUUUUUGCAUGAUAAUAUUAAAAAAACAAAAAGAAAGCAGGAGAUAUUAAAGAAAAUAAGUAGUGUGGUAGCUAGUCAUUAAACUGCUAUUGCAGCUUUAGGUAGGAAUCCAAAUGAGUAUUGUUUCUCUUAAAAAAAGAAAAGAUGGGAAUGUAUCAUGAACAUUGCCUUCUUUUUCUGCUGUCAAAGCAGCAAUACACUGGCACCUUUUUGAUGUAUCAUAUCGGACUGUAUAGCCUCAAACCAGCAGAUUUGUGAUUGAGUUAAUGAGGAAGAACACCGCACAGUACAGGAAAAAAAAAAGUUGUCUCUAAAUGUGAGUAGAAGUGUACAUAUAUAUGGCCUUAAAAUGCAGCUUGUGUAUUAUUGCUUUGACAGCAGUAUCAUGCCUUUGCCAUUUAUACACAUCAUGCUUCCAAAUGUUGAACUACUCCUUUAAAAGCUACCUAUACACCCUGAGGAGCAGGGCAAGACUGGAUGUGCAAUGCUGCACAUGGUAAAACUCUUACAUGCUAAAAUAUAUUUCUUUUGGAAAUUGAAUAAUAUUUGUAUAAAAUAUUAUUUAUUUUAAAAACAUUGUGUAACAAGUAAGUUGAUUAUUACAUUGUUUAUAUUGUCUGUGUGUCAUGCAGAAACAAGUUUCAUUUGCUUUUGAAAAUUUGUUUUAACCUCAACUGUUUGUCCUACUGCAACAAUUAAAACAAUUGUUUGAGAAACUUACAUUUUGAAA